AAGACAGUUUGCGUCGCUGCUCCUAACGCUUGCUGUGGCUGUGCUUUGCAGAUCUCAUCUUGAGUUUGUGACCGUCCCUGAUGGUCCACGUGUCAGGCGGAGACUGCUCCUUAAUGUCGCUUCUUGGGCUCCAGCUGCCCCAAUCUAUGCAAGGGGUCAGGGCUUGGAUUUGAGCUUCCUUGAUCCAAAGGCUCCUCCGGAUGUUUCUGCACCCCCAAAGGAUGCAGAGCUGCUCCCUAGUGGCUUGGCAACCAAAAUGCUCCUGCGGCCCACUUGCGCUUUGUCGAAAUCCAUACCGUUGACGAAUCCAGACUGCGAAAGGCCACAAGCAUAUGACAAGGUGCUAAUUGACUAUACCGGAUGGACACCCAAUGGCAAAAUGAGUCUUGCCUGAACGAUCACAAGAGUCUAUGCCUUGUUUUGAAGCAGACAUCUUCAGUCCUCGGUGUUUGUAGGCUAGUUGACGUUUCUGAGCCUUUUGGUCAGGAUUGAUAGCAGCAGAAAUGAGAAGCGACUUGUGCGAGUCGACUCGGUCAUGAAAGGAUGGACUGAAGGACUGCAAAUGAUGGCACCUGGUGAAUCUCGACGUUUUUGGAUCCCCCCAGAUCUUGCAUUUGGCAGCAAUGAGACAGCGACCACAAAGCCAACUGGGCCUUUGGUGUUUGACAUAGAGCUAUACUCAAUUCAAAGGCAGCCGAAGCCACCGGCAGAGCUCUCAGCACCACCCAAUGAUGCUGAGACAACUUCCAGCGGCUUGGCGUUCCGCAAGAUCAAGCCAGGCACUGGAAAAGAACGCCCACAAUUGGAGACGAAUGUGACGGCUUUAUACAAUGGUUGGGCUUCCAAUGGCGACUUGGUGCUCUCAACAUCAUUUGGCGCUCAAGACACCUUCCUUGUCCGGGAGGUGCCCAUUGAAGGCCUAAAGGAGGCCUUGCAACUCAUGGUGGAAGGUGAGACUCGUCGUUUCUGGAUUCCUGGGAAGCUUGGAUUUGGAGCGACAGCUGACGAAAGCCGAGGAUUGCCACCAGGUCUUUUGGUCUUUGAUGUGCGACUCAUGAGCAUAAACAGCUGAAGUCUGAGUCCUUUACCUGGACCUGCAUGCACUCAUCUCCUAAGUGACCGCCUGGAGUCACCUUGCAGUCUCUCUGAGACUCUGUAUAUAUUUGAUUUAUUCAAUAGACCAUAGCUUCAUAGCUUCGUUCAGACAACUUCAAGACCAAAAUGCUGGUAAGAUAGAAAGAAAG